GAAAAAAAGAUGGUACCUUAAGACUGUGCAUAGACUACAGAGACCUGAAUCGGAAAUCUCAUCCUGACCGCCAACCUAUUCCACGCGUCCAGGACAUUAUGGACAGUUUGGGUGGAAAUUCCUGGUUUUCGCUUUUAGAUCAGGGAAAAGUGUACCACCAGUACAUAUGCUCUUUGGACUAUGCUCAGAAACAGAUUCUAGUGACCACAGAGACUAUGUUGAAAAAUGGAGAAAGGGCAUGGAACAAGCAUACUCUAUAGCAAAUGAAUGCAAAGAAAGCUGCUGAAAAAAGCAAAAGACACUACGACACAAAAGUAAGGAGUUCUGUGUUACAACCUGGCGAGACAGUUCUGGUCAAAAACCUGACACCUAGAGGAGGCCCAGGGAAACUGAGAGACUAUUGGGAGGACACUUUUCACACAGUAGUCAGACAAAUGGGGCCUGACCUCCCUAUCUACGAGGUAAAAUCGGAGGGAGGCGGGGGACGUUUUAGGGUGCUUCACAGAAACUUGCUUAUGUCAUGUGACUACUUACCUUUGGAAAAAGUGCCUGAAAAAAUAAUCGUACAAGACGUGAACAGAAAAAGACUGAUAAACCCGUCACUGUUGUGCCAGACUCUGAUGAUGAGGGCAGUGUUGAUGAAUACUGCUGCCAUUACGCACCACCUCAACCUGUGUCCCAGCCAUCAGAACAAGAACUUCUUACAGCAGCGUCUCAGCCCGCAGCUUCAGCCCCUGCAUCAACUCCAGAGCCUCUUGCUGGAGACCAUCUGGAGGCGCCAAACCCAGCUGCCGCGGAGACAACUUGUGAGGAGGCAGGGCCCACUGCAGGUGACAUAUCUGCCCCCCCCUCCACCGGUUGUACCCGAGAAACUUGAGGAGGAGACACCUCAGCGGCCGCAGAGAGAGAGACACCCGCCGAGACGGAUGACAUAUGACCAAUUGGGCACCCCAUCCUGCUACAGUAUUCAGCCAGCACCGCAACUGUUUCCUGUGUACCCGGGCCUGGUCCCAUGGUUUCCAGCUGUGCAGUCAUACUGCACCCCGCCCAUUGGUUGGUAUGGACUCCAGCAAAUGCAAUAGACUUUGUGAAGACUCACGUAUGGACUUUGUAUAGACUUUGUCUUCAGUCACCGGUGAUGGACUGUGGUGAAACAGGUGUUAAACCCACAGCAUUGAGGACAUUGGUUCACUCUACUGUUGAUGUCCUGACUACAAGAAAAUAUAGAUUGCAAAACGAUUGUUGGCAUAAUGUCGGGACGACAUUUUUUGAGUGGGGGAGAGUGUGACAGGUUGAAGGACUACUGCAUAUAAAACUGUUCACUUGAUACUAAUUCAUAUCAGUUGAUAUAAGAACAGAAAUAAUGUAAAUAUGGCAAGAAAAUGGUUAAGAGGUUAUUAUUUGUCAUGUUAUAUUGAUGGCUUUCAUGUUAUUUAAGAGAACUGCAAUCUAUACAUCAGUGAUCGGCUAAUAAGCCUUUUCUGGAAUCGAUUAGUAGUGUCUCUAUUCUCCACUAGGGGUUUUUCGCGCGUUCUCCUCACUGCAAUAAACGGCUGUAUGAGAGACGCAAGUCAUAAUCACUCUCGUGAUUCUUUUCCCCCUGUUUUCAGGGGUGUAACAUUCACUUCCGUAAGCUUCAUGUUCAGCCAAUCAACUACUUUGACGUCAUCGGCAGUCGAAGGACCCCGAGCCGAUCCUGCACCCGAGCAGAUACUGUACCGACACCGGCUCGUUGCAGCAUUUCACCAUUAACGAUGGCUUGUUCUGUGUGCGCAUGAAGCGGUACAAGUGAUAAUGCUGCUGGAAUUCCGACCCUGUUUUGCGAUCGAUUGUGUGUAAGCAAUAGGGAUGAGCGAGUACACCCCUAUCUGUAUCUGUAUCUGUUCAACCAUCUAAAUUAUCUGUAUCUGUAUCUGUACUCGGAGUGGGCGUGGCCUAAACCGGAAGUUGGUGUGGUUUAACCGGAAGUGGGUGUGGUUUACAUCAAUACGUUAUUUUAAGUCUGAUCAGAAGUUGCUAUGUAUGUGUAUUGUUUAUUUGAAAACUAUUUACAGAGCAGCCUCAGAGUUGAGAUUAAAUGUUUUUGAUUACAAUAGUAAAGAAACUAUUACAGAACAAGUUUUUCAAUGAAAUCAGAACAGUAAUAUUUAAGUGCAUGAAUUAAGAGAGAGAGAGGGAAGAAAAGAUCUUUUCUAUAGCACCUCUCAAGAUAAAAAUCACAGGGCACGUCACAAAAACAAAACAUGUAAAAUAGAAAAAAGAAUUUAGAAAAUGAUUAAAAUAUAUUUAAAAUGAGCAAAAAAUAGACAAUUGCGAUUAAAAAUGUAAAGAAAGAGAGAGAGAGUGAAUAGGAAAGAGGGAGUUGAUCCUCCUCAGGAAGAGGAGAGAGAGAGGGGAAAAAACCCGACUGGAGAGGAGACAGUGAGUGACUGACGCAGCAUGAGCCGUUUUCAGCUCUGUCUUUUCAAAUGCACCACGUACGUUACGAAAAAAUUACUUUAACUUUAAAAAGAAGCAAACUGAAGAAAACAUAGGGAGUAGUGAAGAAACGUGAACAGUGAAGCAAGCACAGAGAGAUCCGUUACUGUCUGUGUGCGUGGAUGAACCGGACACGGACUGAGCAGAGCUCCCGGCUGCGGUUUUGUGUGUAGGGAGGGGCGGGGUCUCUAUUUUACUGGCCAAUCCCAGAGCGUGAAGACAGUCAGUUACCCAAUGAGGAUUUUCCUUCAACACGAUUACAGAUAUUUACCAGUUUUACUCGUCUCAUGCUCGUCAAAAAUGCUUUAUCCGUACCGGAUACUCGUUUGAAACGAGUAUCCGGUUCAUCCCUAGUAAGCAAGCUUUAUAAAUGAGGCCCCUGGAUGUCAACCGCACCAACUUAGCGCCAUUUUAGGUGUAUGACUCAUGUUGCUAGGGUCAGCUGCAGCUCAAGUUGAAGCAGAACAAGACGAUCGUUCAUGAGUGCUCAUAGGUACUUUUUCCUGUCUUAAUUAUUGUCUGAUGCAGCAGAACUCAGCACUCGUGUUCCCGUGACUACAUGUCACUUGCGCGGCCGCGCUCACAGCGCACAUUCCCCUAAUGUUGCAGUUGGAGGAUCCCUUUGACCUGCUUAGUUCAAAAGUAACUCAUGAGGUGGAAAAUUCAGAAGCCAAGCAGUUUUUCUGGAGAAUUGAGAGGAGAUACAGGAAGAUCGGAGACAGACAAAACAGGAAAAUAGUUUAUUAAAAUCUAGAAGUAAAAAAAAGUGAUUGGGAAAGAAAAUGUAGAUCAAUUUAUCCCUCUGUUUUACUUUAUAAAGCAAUAAUAUAUAAGCGUGUAAUAUUCAUAUAUUCGAUACAAUUCAGAUCAACAUUAAAACUAAGUUUCACCCAGGGCCAUAUCAAGGCAUUUUGGGGGCCAAAGCUAAAUAUUCAGAAUUUAGCUUUUUCAAAUGAUUUAGCUUGUUUAUUAUUUAAAAUAUCUUCAACUUUAUUUUUUUUAGAAUAAAUAUUGUUAGGUAAUUUGAUUUUAUCCCAUAUUACCUUAAAGGACGACACACCCUUUGAUAGAGAGAGAGAGUAAAUUGAUUAUUUGUAAUGUCCAUGUGUGUGUCUCAACCAGCCCCCACUCUGCUUCAGCCUUCAAAGCUUUCUCCUCACCUGCUCUGUAUACCUGCAUUCUGCAAUUAUCUGGUAGAUAAUACUUAACCUCCAUAACCCUGGAACCUGAAAUAAACACACAUGACAACCAGGAAGACAUUUUACAUUGAAUUAGCCAAAUGGGGGGGGGGAUCACCAUGACACAUAACUCUCUCCAGAGCUAGCUGCCAGGCGACUCCCCCCUCCUCAAGAGUCUUCAGUGGUUUUAUUCACCAAAUGGAUGGGGGGAGAAGGCGGACCUUCUCAAGUUACAGAGUUACAGAGUUCUCUCAAUUAACAUCUUUGCUCAACCUUUUUAUGAACAGCCAACACAGAUUCAUGAUGUGUAAUGGGCAUCUUUUAGGUCUCAAAAAGGUACAUUUAUAAAAAUACCCAACAAAUAUUUUGUUGGAUUAUUUGGGAAAAUAAUCAUAACACAACAUAGCAAUGACUUGAAAUGUUUUGUAUGGUUUUAAGUUACACUUUUGACUGGGAAAUGCUCUUUAAAUGCAUUCUAUACCUUUUAGAAGUAUUAUGACAAAAAUGACAAACACUAUAAAAACUGAAACUAAAAAGUGCAAAAAUAUUCCAGCGAUCUUAAUAAAACAGCAUUACUAAAAUGGGAAAAACUUUACUUUUGAAAUCUGAAUGUACUAUAUUUAUGAAGCAAAAAGCAAGUUGCCAAAUAAGGUGGAGCUACAUGAAACGAAAACGGGGUUCAGCUGACUGUCUGUUUCAGUGAUAUAGGCAUUUCAGCCAAAAACUGAAAAAUCACUUGGGUCAUUUUCGGUCAAAAAUUUUUGGUGUCAGAAUUUUCGGUGCAUCCCUAACAAUAAAGCUAGCUUGCAAACAGGGCUAACAAUGAAACGCUAGCUAAAGGUUGCUAAUGUUAGCUUGCCUUAUCAACAUUUUUGUAAAAAAAAAAGAAACUUAAAAAGUGCACUUUAAUGUGUGUUGUUUCCAAGGAACCAGAUGCACUCGCACCCCUGGCCGGGAACAUGCAAUUGAAGGGCGCAAGUGCAAGUAUUGAGAUUGGGCUUCAGUCAUCCGAGUGAGGUUGUAAGCUAUAAUUCUGUGUUACUAUUAUCAAUGCUGUUAUAUCAUUAUGUAAAGGUGUACUUCUUUAUUCUUGAUGUCCAGGUGCAGCCCAAGAUGCUCAGCAUAAAAACUCAUAAACCAGUAUCAACUCCCCUGCCCAGUCUUGUCACAAUGAUGAUGACUCAGGAUCAUCAGAUUUAACAGAUUUGUUGACAGGAUCGACGUGUCCAGUUAAUUUACUUUAUCAGACACAAACAACAACUGGUGUAACAUAGGUUAAGACAUCACGAAAUGAUUUCCUCAGAGGAUCCAAAUAGCAGCUGGUGUAAGCUGGAGGGUCUUCAGCGCACAGUGAGGUUUCCGAACAAGCAAAAUAUGGCAGUGUCAGCCCUCAUCAUAGACAGUAGUUAUCAGUGGGUGCGGGAGGAAAUGUGUCCAACAGGAACACGUCAUUCUUUGGACAUCUUGCAUGUUGGUAAAGCAUUGGGAAAGCUUCAGAUGCAGCUUCCUUCCCCCAGCACAUGCUUCAGCCCUCAUGGAGUCCCUGAGAGUGGAACGCUCCAGUCCAGAUCACCACAGGGUCUACGAGAGAGCAGCGGGCUCAUGUCCUCCUCUGCUCCAGCUCCCCUUUCCAGAAUCUACUAGCCCGGCAAGUCAGACAAAAACUAGGACGAUAACUGUUGAAGUAGUGCUGCGAGCGGCUGCGGCCCAAACAGCACCAGAACCGCUCACGGGGCAUGCGCAUGGCUCGCCAGCUAUAUCCCUAUUAACACACGUUCCUUUUAAUUUCUACACUUUUUUUUCUCACACAAUAACAAGGAUUGUCGAGAAAGCAUGUUUGCCGUAGUUAUGUCAAAUUAUACUGAUCACAAAACAUUUAUUUACUUUCUUUCGUUUUCCUCCGCCACUCAUAAAUACCUGUGUCCUCCUGCAGCAGUCCCGAGGGACAACAGACAUUAAUAACAACACAAUAAAAAAUCCGACAUGUAAAAACUGCUAUUUUUAGCACAUUUUUAGGUCAGAUGUGUUGCUACCAGAUGCACAGUGGGAGCUGAAACUGAGUGCUACAAAUGGAGAAGUCGCACAGUGUCCACAGAAUAUAUAGCGGACCUCCGAGUCCACUUGCAGAAGUGACAUUUACAUGUGGAUGUAUCCUGGUCAGGUGCUGCAGCAUAGAAGAUGCGGUGUUGUGGUAGGCAAAAUCAAUUUUACAGUAUUACACCGGACUACGUUUUCCGCCUUACGAAGUGAAAAAUGGUCCCACACCUUUCACAUUUUCUGUCUUGUUCACACUCCACCGGGGUCCACGUUAUCCUCCUUAUUCUAACAGCUGAAACGUCUACUCAGCUUUUGUUAGUGCCUACAGGAGUGAUUCAUCACCAAAUUGAAAAAAUUCAGCUGCGCUCAUGAUCUAAAACAUGCAGGAAAUGGGCUGGAAGCAGACUGCAGCGCCAGGUAGGUCAUCUCUAUUUUUUCUAAGUCCCAACAGAGCAACCUGCUAGUCUGAAGUUGCAAGUGGAAUAUUCUGGCCACAGGGGGUGAUAGGGGCUGGGUGGCCUUUCAUUAACUCUGUAAAGGGUCAUUUUAGCACAUACUGGCUCAAGAAAAUGUUUUAAAAAUAUGAAAAAGUUGCUUUAAGAGAUGCAAAGGUUUUUUGAUUAAAUGUUUGAGAGUUUGUGAGAGCUGGAGCAGCACAGAUACAGCAUUAUCUCUGCUGUUUGUAAAGCUUACUUUAAUAAACCAUAUUUUAUAAUAAAAUGUCAUUUUUUCUGCUGCUUUAGUGCUGCAGCAACAUUACAAUAGGAAAUUAUCCUACCUUGCAUUUUAUUACAGCAUCCUUCCACUAGCCAGAUCAAUAAAAAUGCGUUGCUUCUGCAGCUGUGAGAUCAGAGACAACCAAAUCAGACUCAGCGUAGACUGUCAGAGAAUCCGUAGUGGCUGUCAAAAGGUUUUUGUUAAUGACGGAUUUUUGCAAGUUUAGAGAAGAAGCAGGUCGUCAGCAUGUCUGAAUAUUUUGUUUUUCACCUGACAGCAUUAGAAUAUGCCAGUUAUGUUUGAUGUGUUUUUGCAAACACCAAUGAAAACCUGGACAUUUAUAUAACUUGACCGCCCCCCUGGAUGCCCCGGACGGAGAGUGAAAAGUGGACCUGUCCGGGGAAAGAGGACGUUUGUUAACCCUACUUUAACAGCAUAAAUAAGUUUAUUCAACUAUUGUGACCUAUUGAUAAUUAUAUUAAGCACUAGAUAUUUAAUAUCCUGCUCAUUAAGUUUUUCACUCCUUAAGUACUUGACCUGUCUUGCUUGCAAUUUGUAAAUUUGCACUGGUUGAUGUUGGGGAAAAAGAAUAAAGGCAAAUCUCAUGAAAAAAUUUUUAUGUCAGUGGUAGUUUUGAUAAUCCCAUUGGCUUGCACCAUAAUUAUGACGUAAAGGCUUCAAAAUGAACACACAUGAAGUUUAAGUAAAGUGUUGGGUCAAAAGGAAGAAUAUGUACACCUAAUAGUUAAAGAGAUUAUCCCUCUCCAUCCUGAGGAUUAUGUUUUUAUCUGGGAUUACAAAUGGUGAUAUUAAGAAGAGGGCACUAGCUUGGGUCUUAGUAGCGAUAGGCUAAAGCUCACAAGUUGGAACUCUAUUUAAAACCACUUUAUCGUGUAAAAGCCAGAAAGUAUUUGGAGUAACACCAGUAGGAAUCAUUUCUACUCGACCGACUGCAGUUCAGCUGAAGCAUCUGAUAGACAUUGCCAAGAAUUUAAUACAGCUUUGUUUUGAAUAAUUUGCAUGUAUUCAUCAUGGCAUUUGCUGGAGAGGAUUUAAUAUCAGAAACCGCUGAUGUACAGGAGGCUGAGAGGGAUGACCACUGGGAUUCAAAGUCACACAGCCAUGAGACCCAGAAUAUGGACGGAAAGAAUCUGCAGGCACCAAUCCAUCAGUUACAAGAAGAUUCACUCAAGGAGCAAAUGAUUGCUGACAGCCAAUGUGGAAGUGUAGAGGAACAGAUGUCCACUAGUGAUCCUAGAAGAAGUGUUCUCUGCUCACCUGAACACACAGAAAGUAAUCCAGCUGCAAAUCCAUUAAGCAUAGAUUCUGAAAUGUUCUUCAACUUCUUGUCGCUCACUCAAAGCCGAAGGCUCGAUGAUCAGCGACUAUUUCUUCCAUCAUUACCAGGGUUACAGAAUGAGAAUAGCCCUGUUAAUGGAGAUGCAAGCCACUUGUGUUAUUUGGUUUCUAAAGUUCAGGGGUCCAGAAUGGAGGACCAAAGAUGUUUCCUACCUCCAUUACAAACUUCACCUUUAUCAACAACAAAAAUGUCUACUUCUGAUGUUGGUCUAGUCCGCUCAGCUUCCUUCAGUGCAAGCUCAGAUUUAGAACAACAAAAGAAUAAAGAAAAAGCAUCAGUUAAACAGGUCUUGACACCAGCUGAACUUGAAGAACUUUUAACAUUAGUUUGUAAAUAUCAACGUGGUCAAAUGGAUGAACAGCGAUGUGUGUUAAAUCCCCAAGAUACAGCCAAAUUACCCCCAGAUGCAGACAACCUCUUCAGCUUGCUGUCAAACAUUCAAGGCCAACGGCUUGACGACCAGCGAAUGUUUCUUCCGUCUUUACCUGGAAUACAGAAUGACGGUACCACACCAGCAUUAACUCAAGCUGAGAGAGAUGCAAGAUACCUAUGUUACGUGGUUUCAAGAGUCCAGGGCUCAAGAAUGGAUGAACAAAGAUGCUAUGCACCUGAAGUCAUCAGAACUCUUUGCACUCCCUCAGCUCAGCGUAAAGACCUCAUGUCAGGCACACCUGACAUACCUCCUGACAGCUCUGCCGUUAUUAAUACUGGCAAACCCUGGAAGGAUGUAUCUGUAACUGAACAGGACCAGUUCUAUGAGAUGAUAAGACAUGCACAAAGUAGACGUAUGGAUGAGCAACGAUGCUUUUUACAACCUAGCCCAAUGCACAAUGGAGGAGCAUUAAAUAAUGUACCCAUAGGGGCAGCAGCUGAUGCAUUUGCCAACAGUUUCACCUCCAGUCAGGCAAAACAAUCAGAUGUUGAGCACCUUGAACCUCCUACUCGGCAAGAGAUAUCACCACCACUUAUCACAGUGGAUCAAGGGACACCUGUCACACUGAGGAAGGACCAUUGCAAAGGUACUUCUCAGACCCAAAUGGCUUGUGCAGAUUCUGGCUCUACCUUGGUCCUACCCAAAUCUGCUUCAUUUACUCCUGAGACAGAGUUUCAGAAAAAUCAAAACUCAGCCGCACAGUUGACACUGAGAGUGUCUGUGAGCAUCACACAACAGCCGGGGCUGAAUAAUGACUUGCAGAUUCCAGAAGUCUUUCUUACUCUUGGUGCUCCAGGAGAUAAUGUUGUGAUUCCUCUGAGCCCAGUAUUUGGCAGACCCAUAUCCUUAGACUUAAGUCUUGUCCCUAAAAAUGAUUCUAAAUCCACACAUUGCUCUCCAAGCCAUCCACGUUCUAACAAAACCCAUUCUCAGCCAUCAUCUCCCUAUUUGUCACAUCCUAUAAUUUCAUGCUCAAACGAGAAGGAGAAACUUUUGACAAGACCUGCCAGUCCAAAUAAAUACUGCUCCUCCCCUGGUGAAAAAAUCCAUUCAUCCCUGAUGCAAAAAGGAAUAUUUCAAGGAACAGAUAAAUGCAAAGGGGCUCGUGGAAAAGGAAAAGAAAAGACAGAGCAAGGAAAGUGGAAAGGAACUGGGAAGAAAGAUAAGAAUAACAGUGAAAAUUAUUAAUAAGACCCAUUGUACAUUUUGUAGUCAACUAGAUGUGUGAAAUGUGGAAUGUGGCUCUGAGGACAGCCCCCAGAGGUUAGUGACGAUAACAAUCAGCAUUACCUUAGAAAUAUUUUUACAUAAAAAAUGUUUUUAGUUUUUAACUAUAAACAAAGAGAAGGUCUUGUUGGAGAUUGAGGUAAUUUGUUUCAUGCAAGACGUAUGUUCAAAGUUAUUUAAACUGUGUGUAAUUUGCGACCUGUUUUGGAAGAAAAAUUAUAUUUUUCUAAAUACUAAAUGCUGUGUAUAGGUAUAAGGAAAACAUAUUUUUGCUUAUUAUACUAUUUUUAAUAAUUAUUUAAAUUGACAUCCAUUACAUUUAAAAUAUUAAUAAAUGCAAAACAUGGUAUCAGCAUUUAAGUAAAAUUACCAGAUAUGAUUUUGAUGAAUUCCACAAACAUUUAUUGCAAGAUUUUACUUCCAUUUCCAAAAGUUUAUUUGUCUUUUUACAGAUUUAUUUGAUGUCAUGUGAAAAAAAAUCAUCAAAGCUCAUUGUUUGAAUCUCCAAGAAAAUAUCAAUAAAAGACCAACAUUAAUCAGCUUGACUCCUGUAUCAUUUGAUUUAUCCAACCAAACAGACAUUGCCUUGACCACAUUGCGUAACAGAAUAGAAACAAUUAUAAUCCCCUUACUGUUUCUUUAUAAUCAGUUUGCCUACUUUUUGCCUAGAUUUUUUUGAAGGUUACAUUGACUUGCUCAGUAUCAUAUCUGCUAGACAAGUGAUCCCCAACUCUCUUUCCCGAGGGUAUCCAGCAUGUUUUAGUUGUUUCCCUAAUCCAACACACAGGGCCUGCCAGUUCUAGUUUUGACUAGUGGUUCCCAACCUGGGGUCCCCACAAGAUUGCAGGGGGUCCCCACAAUUUUGUAUAUGCUGAGGUUUUCGAGGUAACAAAAAUUAUAUUAGAAAAAAUAUAUUCAUAAAAUAUCAAAAACACACAUAAUAGUAGGGCUGCACAAUAUAUAGAAAAAUUAUCGUCAUCGCGAUAACAGGACGUGCGAUAGGCCCAUCGCAAAGCACGUCAAAAACGGCGAUAAAUGUUUGGUUCAAACAUUUCCAUCCGUGUCGUACAUCAACUUUUUGUAAACCAGCUCUGUGUUUUACGCGGAAGUAUUAUUUCACCAAUCAAAUGUAGCCCUUUUGAUAUGCGGCCAAUCAGAUGGGUCCGUUCACGUAAUACGCCCGCCCCCUACGUAGACACUUAGGAUGAGUGGAACGCAACACCCGAACUGAGUCACGGGCGCCGUUCCCUUGUUCGUCAUGCUGGCUCAGAGCAACGAACGCACUUUGUGCUGAGGUUUCUGGAAUCAGCACUGCUUUCAAACGUGAACGUAAGUCCGCUCGGUGUCGUUAAGCAGCUGAUAAUAACCGGGCUGACUCCGACACGUGCCGGUGAACCAACCCACCGACCUCCAUGUCGCUAGUGUUCCACCGGGUGGUGAUGUUAGCCCCAGGCUCCGGUUAGCUUCCAGCUAAAAGGCUACAGCACUCUCCUCCCAGUCCCACCCUGCUAAAGAGGGCCUGGAAAAGUUCCCCCACACAUCAAAGUGAUUUUUCAUUUAUGAGCUGUUAAUCAGGAUAGUUGAUUUGCUGCUGCACAUAAACUGUCAGUCAGAAGCUCUGCUAGUUGGUUAUCUUAAGAGGAGCUAGUUCAAUUUGUUAGCUUGUUAUCAGAAUCAUAGUUGCAGUUUCAUCAUCUGAGCUGCUUUUUAAGAUCUAGGUAAACUUGUUCAAUUUGGGGUUAAAACCAAACGUUUUCACAUAUCUUCCAUGUAGUUUUUUUUUUUUUGCCAUUUCCUCUUCUGAAAGGUAGAUAAUUGUUUUUCUCUUUCCCUCAGAAAAUCUUAAUAUUCUCCUAGUUUGGCCCAGCACAGUUCACUUCCCAAUUACAGCAACAGCCUUCUAUCAUAACCACAUAAGUGGAGAAAAUGCUCAGUAGCAAUGAGAGAAUUUGCUGUUGCAUUUAAGUGAUGUUAACUAUUAUUUAACAUUUAAACUUAUUUUCUGAUGUUUUUUAUUUAUUCAAAAAACCCUGGUAAGGGAUGUUUUUCUGUAUUUGGAGCAUCAGAAAAAGUUUUAUGGUGGAGGUGAUGUUUUAAAGUCACUGAGAAACUGCAUGCAUGCAGUUUGUUGUUUUGCUGCUAAUACAGUAGCAGGUGCAGCUGCAUAUUUUUUCAAUAAAAAUGUUAUGUUGUAAUGUAAUUUAUGCAUUAGUUUUUGUUUGCUUUGAACCCAGAGCAGACGUCACACGCCAGAUGACAUCAACACUGCAUACUUUAGUAUUUGUUCAUUUAUCGUGAGUAUUAUCGAUAUCGCAAUAUUAAGCACUGUUAUCGAAUAUCGCAGGUUUUCCUAAUAUCGUGCAGCCCUACCUAAUAGUAAAAUCAAGGCUCUGCCUAAGAGUUAUAACUCCUUAUGUCAGUAUAAAGUUAGUAAUCACAUUUGAUGUGUGUCUGGGGGUAAGGGUUGGGGGGCCCUGACUCGUCUUGGACACAAGCAAAACGGGCCCUUGUGGAAAACAGGAACCACUGCUAUAGGCACCAUCCAUCCAGGUGUCAUCCCAAACAGAAGGAAAAUGUAACGUGUAAAACAAGUUGAUUGUUAAUGUGUCUUAAGAUUAAAAUAUCAAGCCCAUAUCAACAUACCAAAGUCUAUUAAGUAGCACAGCAUGUGUUCAGUGUUCGUGAAUUUGGUGACACUGCAGUGUACAACAGUUUUUUAAAUAUCUUAUUAUGAGCCAUUUUUGGUGUUUUCAUUUGUUGAUGGUCCCUGAGUGCAGCAGUGCCAUGAAAAUAAAAAUGAUUAGACAACAAGAUGUGCUUCCCUCUGCUACAUGAUUUGGUUUGGUUUGCUGAGAUCCAGCCACUCUCCCACCUCCCUUCUAACAACACCGUAACACUUUUAAAACCAAGGGAAAACCAAAUGUGUACUCACCAAGCAAAUUCUUUUCAGAUUGUUGGGUCUACUGUUUUUAUUCCCAACCACAGACAUUUUCUCCCUUUAGACAUAACUUUUACUAGCAUAAGCAUCAGUAUAUGAUGUCUGGUUAGUAGUAGCUUGUUCAAACAGCGGCCAGCUCCGAACUCUGACUGGUUCUUUUCUCGUCCAGUCCCACCUAUUCCAUUUGCUUAUUGUUUUUUUUCCCCGGUCUCUCAUCUUUUCUUUUUCUGAUUGGAUUUUUGUUUUUUUGGAUUUGGGCAUCUUGUUAGGAUGCCUCUUGGACGCCUCCCCAGGGAGGUGUUUCUGGCAUGUCCUGCCGGCAGGAGGCCCCUUGGUCGAUCCAGGACACGUUGGAGAAUGUACAUGUCCGAACUGACCCAGGAAUGCCUUGGGUCCUACCGGAGGAGUUGGGGGAGGUGGCUGGGGAGCGGAUGGUCCGGAACUUGGGAUGCUGCAGCUGCAACCCUGAUAGGCGAAAGAAGACGAGACAGAAUUUUUGUUUCUGUCAAUUUUUGUUGUCCCUUAUUAGUCAACAAAACAAAGCAUUAUUUGUGUUUAUGCUUUUAUUUUGAAUGCCACCUCAACUGGCUCCUUUUAAUGUGGAGGAGCAGUGGGUCUAUUCCGGGCCCCUCCCGGAUGACUGAGCUUCUCACCAUGGUCUUAGGUUUAGAGGAGCUGAUUCUCGUCCAGCUACUUCACACUCAGCUGUGAACUGCUCCAGUGAGAGUCGGAGAUCACAUUCUGAUGAAGUCAAUCAGACCACAUAAUCCGCAAUCAUCAAGCUGUGGCCUAAGGUAUCCUGGUGCCAAGAGAACAUAUGGACACCUUUUUGUCUGAACAUGGUGUUCGUUAUGGACAAUCCAUGAUGAGCACAGAAGUCCAAUCACAAAACACCACCCGAAUACAGAUCAGGGGGGCCGUUCCUCCCCACCACACCUCUCCAGGUUAUUGCCCAUGUGAGUAUUCAAAUUCCCCCAGCAGAAUGAGUGAGUCAGAAUGAGGAGCGCUCUCCAUCACUCCCUCCAAGGUCUUCAAAAAGGGUGGGUAGUCUGAACUGUAGUUUGGUGAACAAGCAUAGUGAACAGUCAGGACCCAUUCCCCCACACGUAGGUGAAGGGAGGCUACCCUCACAUUCACUGGGGUAACCCCAACAUACAGGCACCAAGGUGGGGGGUAACUAGUAUGCCUACACCUACUCGGCGCCUCUCAGUGGGGGAUACUCCAGAGUGGUAGAGUGUCCAGCCCCUCCCAAGGAAACUGAUUCUGGAGCCACAGCCAUGCGCUGAGGUGAAUCCGACUAUGUCUAGUCGGAACCUCAACUUCACACACCGACUCAGGCUCCCUCCCACCAGAGUUGACAUUCCACAAGCUGAGAGCCAGUUUCUGUAGCCAAGGAUCAGAUCGCUAAGGUUCCCGCCUUCGGCUACCACCUAUCACACAUUGCACCCGACUCCUUUGGCCCCUUUCACAAGUGGCCAAAGGAUUGGGAAGGGGGACCCAUGUUUCCUCUUCAAGCUGUGCCCGGCCGGGCUCCAUGGGUGAAGGCUUCGCCACCAGGCUCUCGCCAUUGUGCCCCACUUCUAGGCCAGGCUCCAGUGGGGCUCCCAGGUGACUCCCGUUCGGGUGACAAAUCACUGUUUCCAAUUAUAUUAUUAAUCUUGAAGGGUCUGUGAGCUGCAUUUUGUCUGAUCUCUGACCUGUUUGCCAAGGGUGACCCUUCCAGUGGCAUAAAUUCUCACACACCUUAACUCCUAAGAUCAUCAGGACACUCAAACCCCUCCACCACAGUAAGGUGGCAACCCAGGGAGAGGUUUGAAGGCAACGGCAGCCUUUUCUCUCAAGGUCUGCUUAGUUGAUCCAAUGUGCUGCCAUUCCUAAAUAACUCCUGAUAGUACAGUUCCAAAUACUUGCUGUAGCUGACACAUACUAUAGAACCUUAAAUGUCUUUUUUCAGUUCAUUUUCCAUUUUAACGUAACACUGGUCCAGGAAAAUUGAAAAAAAAAAAAUCUGUCAGGUGGUACCAUCUCACCUCUUGUUUGCAUUUUGCUUAGAAUGUCCCGGAAAGAUGGAAAACUAUUGAAAUGGGAAAAAAUUCAUCCACUAUGAAUGCUGCAACAAGUUUAUUUAUCUCAGCCUUUGUGGUUGCCUGGCAGUAAACAUCAAGUUGUAACUCAUUUCACGGUGUCCACAUCAGACUGCGCUCUCUCUCUCUCUCGGGCUCAUUAGCAACUAGCUUGUAAGUGAUUGGAACAAUUUCAUGUUGAGUUCACAGCCGUAGACCUGCUUAUUUUCCAUGCAUAGCUUACACAAAACUGUCAAGUUUUUAUCCUUUCCCGCAACAAAAGAAAGGCGAUGUGCAUACUUCCAUCUGUAAAAUGUCGCAUUUUUCUCCAUUACUUCUGCCAUUUUAUUCUCUUUAAGUCUCAGUGGUCUCCUUUAAAAAGCAGGCUUUUGCCCGACCUUCGUCACCACCCUCCCCUUAUUUUGUUCUUAUUCCGCCUUUCUUGGGAUUAAUUGAUUUCCCUCUUUCUUAUAAAUUUUCUAUCUCCUUUUCCUUAAAUUUUUUUCUCCUUUAAACAUAGUUUUAAUCAUUAAAAAAUGUUUUAUACUUGUUUUUGUUUUGUUUUUGUGAAGCGCCUCAUGAUUUUUAUCUUGAGAGGUGCUAUAUAAAAGAUUGUUUUCUUUCUUUCUUUGUCUUCGUUUUCCUCCAUGUGUGAUUGUGUAUGUGCCGUUGCAAGGUCGUCACAUAAGAUAAAGCUCUUUUCUUUUGAGAGAAGAGGACAGUACAAUUGAUAGUAACGCAAAACAUUUAUUUCUCUUUAGGUUGUAAUUAGGGCUGCAGCAAUCGAAUAUUUUUGUAAUCGAGUACUCUAUCAAAUAUUUUAUCGAUUAAUCAAGUACUCUAAUAAAUUGCCCUUUUGCGUUUGUAAACCAUUAUAUCAAAUAGCAUGUUAUAAAAUAUGAAAGACCUCUUAAAAUGAGCAAGCAAUUGCCAGUUAUUCUUCAAGUUUUAUUCAAAAUUAGUUUUCAAAACUUCAGCACUUCAACUUUACAGUAAACAAAUGCGAGCGGCUGCGGCCCAAACAGCACCAGAACCGCUCAUGGCGCAUGCGCAAACACACGUCCGUUUUAAUUUCUACACUUUUUUUCUCACACUAACAAGGAUUGUCGAGAAAGCAUGUUUGCCGUGGUUAUGUCAAAUUACACUGAUCACACAACAUUUAUUUACUUUCUUUCGUUUUCCUCCGUCACUCUCAUAAAUACCUGUGUCCUCCUGCAGCAAUCCUCAGGGACAACGGACAUCAAUAACAACACAGUAAAAACUCCAACGUGUUCAAAAACUGCUAUUUUUAGCACAUUUUAAGUCCGACGUGUUGCUACCAGAUGUAUGGUGUGAGCUGAAACUAAGUGCUACAAAUGAAAAAGUCGCACAGUGUCCGCAGAAUAUAUAGAAAUACAGGCUAAAAUGCAUUAUCUUGUAGAGGCUCUGAUUCCGCUUGCAGAAGUGACAUUUACAUGUGGAUGUUUCCUGGUCAGGUGCUGCAGCUUGGAGGAUGUGGUGUUGUGGUAGGCUAAAUCCAUUUUACAGUUUUUAAACUGGACUACGUUUUCCGCCUUACAAUGUGAAAAAUGGUCCCACACCUUUGACAUUUUGUGUCUUUUUCGCACUCCACCGGGGUCCACGUUGUCCGCCAUGGUUAAAGAGAAAGUUAAGUUACAUUCGCUACUCGCGUGUGCAUUCAGUGCAGUGUGUAUGUCCGUCACUUAUUUCGGUCCGGGUGAAACAUGACCCCGGGUGAUUGCAAAGCCAUGAGUUAAUUAAACAUGAAUUAAACGAAGCCUCGAGGCAGAGAAUUUGACCCAAGGAUUUUUUGUACUCGAAUUAUUCGAGGUACUCGAGGAAUCGUUUCAGCCCUAGUUGUAAUAUGUUAUAUAAGUGGGGGACCUGUGUUACAUUAAUGUGUGACUGAUAAAUGUAAUGUAAAAACAUACACUAGAUGGUGCCAUUGGAUAAGAGAAAUACUCCAGAAAGACGCUUUAAGAGAAUUAGUGGUAACGAGCUGUUAGCACAGAUACGACUUUACUGUCGCUAUUGCUGAGGAUGUUUCUCUGUUAAACAUCAGGUGAGUAUAACUGAUGUUACCCCAUCUUCAAUACUCCUUAAUUCAUCAGCUCUGCGCUGCAAUAGUCUCCAGUCCAAAGAUGACACAGCUUGACAAAAUUCAUGCACAGUCAUAUUGGCCUAAAUAGAUAAUUGAUAAUAUGAUAUGAACUAUAUAUAAUUGUACAUUACUUUAUUUGUGUAUUCAUGUAGCAGAACACAUCCCAGCACAAUGUAUUUAUUUAUUUUACCAAGGUGAGUGCUGUCAUCUGGGAAAUUAAAUAAAACAUUUUUUCAUGUACCCCCUGUAAUGCGCUCAUGGACCACUAGGGGUAUGCAUACCCCUGGUUGGAAAUCACUCCUCUAAAUUGUUCAAUAACAAGUUCAUCUAAUAAAAUCUACUACAGUGGCAUAGUAAAAAAUAGCUCAAUACAUCUUAAGCCAUGUUGUGGUUUGGAAAGAGUGUUCAAAUGUCAGUUGUUGAGAAGACUGUUGUCUCAGCUGUCUGAAAUAAAAUAUGGCUGAGAACCAUUCCAGAGAGGCUGAAGGCGGAUUACAUGUCAUCUUGGAAUGGAGAGGAAGAAUAGUUGCCUUCUAGGUUGGGAUGAUACCCCAAAUAAGUCCUGUUCCAGUAAACGUGAUAUUAGAGGUGCUAGAACAGAGCCAAAAUGAAUCAUGAAUGAAAACAUUAUUUAUGGUUAAGAUUAAUAAAGCUUGUGUCCAACAUAAUGUUUCAUAACAUCAGUCAAAUGUCCUUUUUGUGUUGGCAUGUUUGUCCCAGAAAACCUGACAUUUUAUGAAGCUUAAUGCUUAAUUUUCCCUUUUCACAUUAAUUAAUUUCAACAAUUAUUGUAUUGAUUUUAUCAAUAUGGAAAUUAUUAAACCAAGUACUUUUAAAAGGUAGGAUAAUCAAGUAUGACCAACCUUCUUCAUUGACUUUGAGUCUGUAGAUUUUUAUAGAUGAGCCUGCAUAUGAAGCUGUUAAACUAAGAUGAAACGAGGGGAACAUCUCCUGUGAAAAGAAACCUGAAAAGGAUUAAAAGAGUAUUAUGUAUCACUAAGACAGGGACACUGAGAACCUGUGAAGACCCCUUUAUAGACUUGUUAACAUGUGGUGGUUAUGAUCCUGAGCCAACUGUUAUAUUUUUUUUAGAUAAUGUUGAUCGUUACAUCCCAACAUUUCCUGUGAUACAUGUAAUUUGUUAUUGAAAUGCAAAUAUACACUUUGUGAAUUUAUUUGUUCCUUUUUAGAUUACAAUUUUUUCUGUUUUGAAUUCCCUAAAUUUGUGGGAUAAAAGUAAGCAACAUUACUUAUUUUGCUUAUAUCCUAGCACCUAAUUUUAGCAAGUCCAAUGAAUCACUCUUUGGAGACUGACAGCUUUGCUGACAGGAAGAGCAGUUGCUUGAGUCUGUUAUAUGACACUGUUUCUUUGACGGCCACUCUCAUGCAGUUGUUUUUAAGACUGCAUAUGUCAGUUCCUAAAAUUAUCUUGGUAUAUUGAUGGGCAGCUUGUUGUUGGUGUGAAAUGUUCUUGUAAAUAAUCUGUGCACUCAAGUUCAGCAACAAGCACAAGAUCACUUUUAAACACUGUUAAUUGCUUCCUGACUAUUUUAGUCUAUUAACAGUCUACGGUUUCGUACAUGUCCUUCACAUUGUGCUUUUUUAAUGAGGGAAUUCCUACAGGCUAAUUGAUACAUGGCUAAACUAACAUUUCCACAUGCUUCAAAAGCAGGGGAAGUUUAGUCUUAAAUUUGUUUGUAAAAGCAUGAUUUAUUUUAGAAACAUUCUUCAACAUCCUUUAAAAUUUGUUCACUAAACAUUUCUUCUGAAAUCUAGCUUUAAUUUAAACUAAGUAUAAAAUUCCAAUCAAUACACAUUGCUUUUUGCUUAAAAUAACACAAAUAAGCAAAAUAAAUCUGAAUAAAAUAUUUUAUUUUGUAUACAUUACAACAGAAUUUUCAUAUUAUAUGAACUCCGUUGUGUGGUCCUUUUGUUGAUUUUCUCUUACUCAGCAUCCGACUGAAAUGAAGAAAAGAAUAAAAAACAUUUUACCAGCUGUGUCCAUUAAAUAACAAUAUCCAUAUCAGUUUACAACACUUACUUACUACAUGCAUGUCUGGCCAACUUGGCCUUUGAAGUAAGCCAGCCAGCUUUUUCAAAUAAACCAGUCAACACUGUUCAAAUAGUCUCUGCUGGCAACAAGAACUGAUCAUAAAUUUAGAGUGCUGCUGGGAUUCCCAUCAAUUUAUAUAGACUGUCACAUUGCUUAACUCUCAGAGCAGAGGACACUUGAACAAACAAGAAACCUGAGGGCUCUUGAAUUGCUGCAAUCAUUAUUGGAUUCUAGCAAGCCAAUUGACGUUCCACAGUGGUGUUUUACUUUCCCAAGCAUUUGCUGGCUCACUUAUGAAUUCUAACAUAGGAUAGAGGAUUAGCAUGGUGUUGGUUGGUUUGUUGGAUUAAGUAAUAUUAUGGACUGCAAAUAACACUUUUAAAUGGUUGUUUGGAGUAAACACAACAAUGAUCCCUCUAGUCAGUUACAUUGUGCUAAAAGUCAACUUUCAUUAAAAAAGUAUUAUUGCUAGACUAUGACUUGUCAUCACGUAAUGUUUUUGUCAACGACUGAAUAAAAUGUACCUUUCCAACAUCACGGCUUUUGGCCCUGAGUUUGUUGACCUGGGACUCGGCGAUAUCAGCACGCUCCUGAGCUUCUUCCAUCUCAUGCUGGACCUUUCUUAGCCUGGACAUGUGGGUGUUGGCCUGUUCUUCCUAUGAAGUGAAUGGUAUUGUACAAUUUAGCUUACUGAUAAAUUAGCAUUUUUUAUUACUUGGGGAAAAAAUCACUCAUGAAAAUUCACUUACUGCCUCCUCAGCCUGUCUCUUGUAAGCCUUUACUUUAAGUUGCAGCUUGUCCACUAGGUCCUGAAGUCUGACCAGAUUCUUCUUAUCCUCCUCAGUCUACACAGAAAAAAGGUUUCACCUUAUAAAGUGUAAUCAUAUGAAAAUGGGGUCAACGUUGAGUAAAAUUACUUAAUAUACCUGGUAAGUCAGUUCCUUAACCCUCCUCUCAUAUUUGCGGACUCCCUUAACAGCAUCAACUCCACGUCUUUGUUCAGCUUCAACUUCAGCCUCAAGUUCAUGAACCUGUCACAAGGCGAUUGACGUUUUUAUUCAUAUUCUCAUACUGGAAUAAUAUAGAGCACGUAACAAUCAUACCCUCUGUUCAAGUUUCUGGAGCUGCUUCUUGCCACCUUUCAUGGCGAGGUUCUCAGCCUCAUCCAGACGGUGCUGCAGAUCCUUAACUGUGACCUCCAGGUUCUUCUUCAUCCUCUCCAGGUGAGCACUGGUAUCCUGCUCCUUUUUCAGCUCCUCAGCCAUCAUGGCAGCCUGGAAUCAUAAAAAAUUGAAAUUACACUUUUGUAAUGUAUAGAAAAACUAGAUAAAUGUCUGGGGAAGUAAAAGUUUUAAAGGAGACUCACAUCAGUGAUAGCCUUCUUGGCUUUGUCCUCAGCAUUUCUGGCUUCCUGAACACUAUCAUCCACCUCACCCUGAACCUGGACAAGAUCUGAUUCCAGCUUCUUCUUGGUGUUCAGGAGGCUGGUGUUCUGUUAAUUGUCCAAAAUAAAUGUUGAGCAUUUGUCAUUUAUAUUUUAUAUCUUUCAUUUCUCAUAAAUGAAUAGAAACCAACCUGAGAGUGGAGCAGUCCAACACGCUCACUGGCAUCAACCAACUCCUGCUCAGCCACUUUACGUGCUCUCUCAGUCUGCUCCAGAGCAGCUCUCAGCUCUUCAAUCUCAGCCACCAUCAGACCAUUCCUGCGCUCCACCAUGGCAACCUGCUCCUUCAUGUCUUCCUGUCCUCUGACAGCAUCAUCAAGGUGCAGUUGAGCAUCCUAACAGCAAAAGUAUGGAUCAGUCAAUAUGUUCUUUAGUCUCAAGCUUUUUUUAAAAUUCAGAUCUAACCCCAGCCCCACCUUGAGUUGUCCCUGGACAUUCCUAAGUUGUUUCUGGGCCUCAGCAGCCUGCCUGUUGGCAUGGCUCAGCUGAAUCUCCAUCUCAUUCAGAUCUCCCUCCAUCUUCUUCUUGACUCUCAGGGCAUCAUUCCUGCUCCUGACCUCAUUAUCAAGAGCGCUCUGCAUGGAGUCAAUCACCCUCUGGCUAUUUCUCUUGAUCUGUUCCAUUUCCUCGUCCUUCUCAGCAAUCUUCCUGUCAACCUCACCCUUGACCUGGUUGAGCUCAAGCUGGACACGAAGAAUCUUAGCCUCCUCGUGCUCCAGAGUGCCCUGUGAAGAAUUUAAAAACACUGUCACAAAAGCUACCAUUGAACUAAUGAAGGGCUUAAUUUUAAUCCUAAAAAAUUACCUCGGCUUCUUCCAAAGCUGUCUGAAUUUCAGAUUUCUCAGUCUCAACAGUCUUCUUUGCUUUCUCCAGCUCAUGGAUGCUCUUUCCUGUCUCACCAAGCUGUUCAGUCAGAUCUGAGAUCUCCUCUACAAAAGGGAAUAACAUUAAAACCAUUUACCAAUGAUAAAUGAGCUAUAACGUGAUUCAGUCAUUGGUCCAUUCAAACAAAUACACAUGCCAAUUUACAAAUUGGAAGGUUUAGGCUCAGUAGAUUCAGUUCAAGGACACUGUAUUGUAUGAAGUUCAGAAUUAGGAUAAAAUCUCCAACCAAAAAUAUGUAGUGUGAGUUAGUUUGUUAUUUCAAACUUAUUUCAAAUGUAUUAGUUUGUCAAAAAUGUAAAUAUUGUUGAAUUGUUUGCUUGAAGAAAAAACAUACGCUGAAGGUUCUUGUUCUCCCUCUUCAUGGUCUCCAGCUGAUCCAGUGCCUCUUCAUAGGAGUUCUUCAUCUUGAACAGCUCAGUGCUCAAAGAACGAGCCUCCUUUUGGGCUCCUUCCAGCUCUGCCUGGCCCUCCUCAUACUUCUGCUUCCAUUCUGCCAGCACCUAUAUUUGCAGUAGAGGUAAAUAAUUGGUAAUAAAUGCUGGACUGUGUUUACUGGUGCUACUCUUCAGUAGUUCAAAUUCCCAAAUGAUCAUUUUACCUUGUCAAAGUUCCUCUGUUUCUUGUCAAGGUUGGCAGCCAGACCAUUAGCUCUCUCUACAUCAAUCAUGAGGUCCUCCACCUCACCCUGCAGCCUCUGCUUGGUCUUCUCCAAAGAGGCACACUUGGAGUUCACAGCCUCAAUGGAUUCCUCAGCCUCUUGCAGGCGCUGGGCAAGCUUUUUCCUUUGGUGAACAGGUGUUAGAGUUGAUUAGUGGAAAGUACUAUAAAUGUAUACAUGACAAAAUUGUAGGCACAUACUUGGCCUCCUCCAGCUCCUCAGUGCGUUGGAUGGCAUCAGUCUCGUAUUUGGUUCUCCACUGAGCCACCUCACUGUUGGCCUUAGACAUUCCUCUCUGGAGCUCAGCCUUGGCCUCCUGCUCCUCCUCAAACUGCUCCCUGAGCAGAUCGCAGUCAUGGCGGGCAGACUG